AUGGCCGCGCGUCGAAAGUUUUUAUUUGAUCUAGAUCAACUUAUAACGUUUUGCUCAAAAUUCGAAUCCCAAAAACCAGAAACAUUCACCGUACAAUUAUUGGAAAUAAAAGAUCUCGAGUUGGAGCGGAGGUGGUCUCAAUUAGUAUCUAGUUAUGAAACACUGGUCUUAGAAGAUGAAAAAGAAGUACACGAUUAUAACGACCAGUACGGUGUUAAAUUUGAAGAAGCUAGUUGUAUGUACCAAAAAUGCAAAGAAGGCACGAUGAUUCUAAUUUGCGCCAAGAGCCAAAAAGCACUUAGUGUAGAACUACCACCACAACAACAUGUCCCUUCACUAAAAUUACCCCCAUGCGACACUCCACUUUUUGAGGGGGGAUACUCUCAAUGGCCAGCAUUUAGGGAUAUUUUUUCUGCGGUAUUUGGCAAACACCCUAGUUUGUCCCCGGCUCAAAAGCUGUACCACCUGCGUGGUAAAACACGAGGUGAGGCUUACGACAUCGUCAAGAAAUUUGAGCUCACAGACGCGAAUUUCAAUUUAGCUUGGGAGGCAUUGAUUAAUAGGUACGAAAACAGACGGAUUUUAGUAAAUCAGCAGAUGAAAAAGCUAUUUUCUAUUCAAUUCGCCCAAAACGAAAAUCCUAAGUCCAUCAGACAAAUUCUGAGUUCCAUUACUGAUAGUUUGGCGAUAUUUAGGUCAUAUGGAAUUGCAGUAGAAAAUUGGGAUCCAAUACUGAUUCACAUAGCCUCGUCCAAAAUCCCUGAUAAUACUCUACGAGCAUGGGAGGACUCCUUAGAUGAUCAUAAGGAAUUGCCUUCGUGGUCUCAAAUGGAGAAAUUUUUGUCUAAAAGAAUAGAGAAGCUGGAGACAAUCAUUGACUUUCGUAAGCCGAACUCCAGGGAAACGUAUAAUUCAAAGGCAAACUCCUUUCAAGUUUCCGAGACGGAGAACCAAACCAAGCCCUUUUGCAAAACAUGCAAUCAAUAUCAUUCGCUGAUGGUAUGCCAAAACUUUAAGUCUUUAGCGCCACAGGAUCGCAUUCAAUACGCCAUGGAAAACAAAUUGUGUUUGAACUGCCUUUCACAAAAACAUUUUAAACCAAAUUGCACCAGCAGGAGAUCGUGUUCUAUCUGCAACAAAAAGCACCACACAAUGCUUCACCUCGAGUCUAAAAGUACAAAUUCGUUAGAUACUUCUCAGAAUUACGAAACGAUAGAUACGACUUCACAAGAUGUUCCUACCACAUCAAGACAGUCCAAUGAAAACUCAUUUUUGAACACCACCAUAGCCAAUUAUGAAAUAAACACGCUGUUCUCGCAGAAUGAAGGUACUACUAUUCUUCCGACUGCUCGAAUUCAUUUAGAACACGGUGGAGAACUAUUCACAGUCCGGGCACUGUUAGAUACCGGAUCGGAGAAAAGCUUCAUAGCCAAGCGCAUUCAGCAGAAACUGAUGAUUCCUUUGGAAAAGCACAACUCCCAAAUUUCCGGACUGGGAGGCACUAUAGUAAGCAGCUGCAAGGGAAAAUGUUGGCUAACGUUAAAAUCUACUUAUUCCGACUUUAGAAUUCAAGUUAAAGCACUAGUAGUGUCAAGUCUAGCUCACUUUUUGCCUUCGCGACCCAUUAGAUCUACACUUAUCCAGCAAGUACAACAUUUGAGUCUCGCAGAUCCUUUUUUCUAUAAACAAGCACCAAUAGAAAUGAUAAUUGGAAGCGAUUAUCUUCCCUUCAUUAACAAAACCGGAAUGACUGUACAAAUUGGGAAUGGCAUCGAAGCUCGAGAGUCUCAGUUUGGGUGGUACUUAUCAGGACCCACAGAAUCCGAGUACAUUAAGACAUUCUCAACCCUUGCGCCUGCUUCAGACAAUGCAGCUCUACAAGAACAGCUGAAAAGAUUCUGGGAGUUGGAGGAGGUUGGAAAGCCAAAGCCUACAUCAGAUGCUGACAUCUGGUGUGAAAACUUCUACAAAUCCACAACGUAUCGAGAUCAAGAAGGUCGAUACGUAGUUCGACUACCUUUCAUACAGGAAUUUCCUGACGAAAAAUUCCUUGGGUCUUCGAGACAUAUGGCAUUCGCCCAGUACUGCAGAAUGGAGAAACAUUUAAGCAAAAAUCAAGAACUAAAAUAUGAAUACGACAAAGUUCUCAGAGAAUAUAUUGCGUUAGAACACAUGGUCCCUGCAAAGCCGAAAGAAGAAAAAUCACCAAAGGUCCACAACUACUUCUUGCCCCACCAUGCCGUCAUCCGGCCAGAAAGUAAAUCUACCAAAGUACGCGUGGUGUUCAACGCCUCUAAAAAGACUACCUCUGGACUAUCAUUAAAUGACGUUUUGCAUGCUGGGCCAAUCUUACAACAAGACUUAAUGAAAGUUCUUCUCAACUGGCGAUAUUAUCGGUACGUAUUUAACGGUGACAUCCAAAAGAUGUACCGUCAGAUAUGGAUCCAUGAAGACGAUCAGCAAUACCAACAAAUUCUAUUUCGUACUUUCGAAGACAAAGCAGUGGAGGUCUUUCGCUUAAAAACAGUUACAUUUGGCGUGAAUGCGGCACCCUUUCUCGCCAUUCGUACUCUUUUGGAGCUAAGCAAAGAUUGUAAGAAUCUAUACCCCAAAGCCUCAAACAUAUUACAAAAUGAGAUCUAUGUAGACGAUGUCUUGUCAGGCGCUCAUUCCCUCGAGGAAGCCAAAGUUAAACAAGAACAACUCGUUAGAUCCCUUUCUUCUGCGGGAUUUUCAUUAAAAAAACUCACAGCAAACAAUAAGAUUCUGUUAGAAAGCUGGCCCCGCGAAGAUCUUCUUAGCGAAGAAUUCCUGAAUAUCGAAGAUCAAAGUUCUAUUAAAACUUUAGGCGUUCGGUGGAACGCGAUGGCCGAUUUCUUCUAUUAUACAGUUGAACCUAUCGAAAUUGAUCAGUUCACUUCGAAAAGGAAAAUACUAUCCACCAUAGCGAAGCUAUUCGAUCCACUUGGUUGGUUGGGCCCAACUAUAGUCAUCGCAAAAAUGCUAAUGCAAGACCUAUGGGAAGAAAGGCUAGAAUGGGACGAAAGUGUACCAGCGCCCAUCCUUCAACGCUGGUCAUCCUUUGUUGAAAAUUUACAACAUGUAUCAGACAUACAAAUUAAAAGAUGGAUUCAAUUCUCGCCUCAAGCGUCAAUUCAAAUUCAUGGGUUUAGUGACGCCUCAGAGAAGGCGUAUUGUGCAGCGGUAUACAUCCGAGUUGUUCAUCCAGAUGGCGACAUUUAUUCAAACCUAUUAGUCUCCAAAACAAAAGUGGCGCCCUUAAAAAGAACCACGAUCCCUAAAUUAGAACUAUGUGGAGCAGACUUGCUAACGAAAUUAAUCAAAAGUAUAUCAAAUGACGUACAGAUAGAACACAAAUUAUUUCUUUGGACGGACUCAUCCAUUGUCCUUGGAUGGCUACAAAAGUCCCCACAGACAUUAAAGACCUUCGUGGCCAAUAGGAUUAGUGACAUAUUAAGCGUGGUAGAUAUAAGUCAGUGGAAUUACGUAAAAACUGACGAAAAUCCAGCUGAUCUUGGUUCACGAGGGUGCGCUCCUCUAGAUUUGUCGACAUGCCAACUUUGGUGGCAUGGGCCUUCGUGGCUGUCUCAACCGCACCAGCACUGGCCAAAACCACGAACAUUUGAGCCUACAGAUCUCGAAGCGAAACCAGUCUGCAGUUAUCACACCUCAGAAAACGCAGAAGAAAUUAUUUCCAGGUUCUCAUCAUUCAAUCGAUGUCUUAGAGUUAUAUGCUAUAUCUUCAGAUUUUACCAGUCAUCGAAAAGGAAAGAAACAUUUUCAAGUACACUCUUACGGCACGACGAGAUUGAUUUCGUGAAACGUCGUCUAAUCCACUUAUCACAAAAAGUCGCGUUUCCAAGAGAACUUGAAGCUCUGUGCGAGAAAAAGCCAAUUAGCAAGAAAAGCAAAAUUCUCGCGAUUAAUCCAGUUAUCGACGAUACCGGUCUAUUGAGAGUAGGUGGCAGGCUAACGAAUUGUGGUCUUAGCUAUGAAGAAAUUCAUCCAAUCAUUCUACCUGAAAAAUCGAAAUUGGCUGAACUUAUGAUAAAAUUCACCCAUCGUAUCCUUUUGCACGCUGAGCAUCACACCAUGCUCCGAGCAAUUCGCCAAGGCUUUUAUAUCCCUCGAGUUAAAAAUAUUAUCCGCCAAUGUAUUCGUAAUUGUAAACCAUGUACUAUCGUCAAGCAUCGUUUCCAAAAUCAGAUAAUGGCAUCGCUUCCACCUGAGCGCGUCCAAUUCUCCUUGCCUUUUACGUUUACCGGUGUCGAUUUUGCGGGACCUUUCAAUAUUCGAGCAUCGAAAGUCCGAAAUUCAAAAACGUUGAAAGGAUAUGCAGCCGUAUUUGUGUGCUUCUCCACUAAGGCCGUCCACUUGGAGACUUGCUCGGAAUUAUCCUCCGAGGCAUUUAUCGCGACGUUUUCCCGCUUUACCGGAAGGCGAGGUCUUCCAAAGACAAUUUUUUCCGACAAUGGAAGGAACUUUGUCGGUGCAAGCUAUAAGCUUCUAAAAGAACACCAUGAAUUCUUAAAAUCUGCCGAACAAUCUCUGGUUGAAAAGUAUGCUACUCAUGGUUUUAACUGGUCCUUCAUUCCACCCUACGCACCGCACAUGGGCGGAUUAUGGGAAGCGGCCGUUAAAAGCAUGAAAACCCAUUUAAAAAAAGUUGCCGCUUCUCAUACACUAACAUUCGAGGAACUUACAACACUUUUGAUAAUGGUCGAAUCAAUAUUAAACUCCCGUCCCUUAUCGCCUAUAUCCGGAAAUCCUAAUGAGCUAAACCCAUUAACUCCGGGCCACUUUCUUCGCGGUGCACCAAUUAUCGUCGAGCCCUCUCAAAACAUUGCACAAGACAACAUUUCACUGUUAAAUCGUUGGGAACGGCUAAAGGCACUGCAACAAAUUUUCGCGCGACGAUGGAAGACGGAGUAUAUUACUGAAUUACAACGUCGCAUUAAAUGGAAAACCACAAAAAAUAAUAUUAAAAUCAAUGAUUUUGUUGUGAUUAAAGACGAGUUACUACCCCCUACCGACUGGAGGCUUGGAAGAGUCACAAAAGUUCACUAUGGCUCCGACAACAACGUCAGAGUAGCCGAAAUAUUGACACAAAGUGGAACCAUCACUCGACCAAUCGUUAAGCUAUGUGUUUUACCGACUCAAAACACUACGCCAACUGAAUGAUCACUUAUAAUAUACCAUUUAUUCACUUGUAUAUGCUCCUUUCUAUUCUUUACUUUCAGAUCGUCAAUGCCAGUCGCUACCAUUACCUAGUGCAGUGAAUACCCACGACACUGUUGAUUUGAAGGAGAGGCCUCACUUUGAGGCGGGAAUAUGUUGAAGCGAGUUCAACAAGUUUGUAGUAUAAACCUUCCUUGACUUACCACAGAAUGCCCGCUCACGAAGAGCACUAAUGGAUACGUUUCAAAAAUUACAUUUAAGCUAUCUCAUUCUCAAACAUUCACUCAUUUCUCAAUUACUCAAUACUAUUGCACUCCUCUAGUUAUUACAUUAUCGUUCUAAUUGGUUUUUUUUUACAACAUCUCCCUGAGCAUUAAUUUGUUUCACAUAAGAACCGUUGUAAGAAACUUGGAGUCUACCCUGAAUUCAAAGGAAAGUGUGCAACCAGUCAAGUGUAUCGCUUUGAAAAGCUUCAGCUACAAGGUCAACUCCGUAGUAUUACGACAACUCCCGUGCCUCAUAGUGGAGUUAAGCGAUCCUCUGAUCUCAUUAGCAGAAUCCUGAUUCUGCUUCCAAAGCCCUUUGGGUCAACUUAC